AUGCAGAAGAAUUCACCUUUAGCAGUAACAGAAGAAAUCCCGACUUACGAUGACUUGUUGGAAUCAUUUGAUGCAGCUGGCUUACUUGUUCUCUACCACCAUGGCAGAUAUCAGGUAUCAGCUGAUGAAGAUUUAGAAAUAUCAGCAUACCUUUCGAUAAACGAGCAAUCAUUGAAGAAGGAGAAAACUUGGAGAGGCCUUCGUGCAGGUCCAGAUACAUCCUUCGAGGAGAAAAAAGAUUCACGAGUGUCGGAAAUGCGGCAAAAGCUAAAACUUCGUGCAGGUUUGCACAUCUCCAAGGAGGAUGUUGGGGGACGAACCCCACUCCCUUCGAUUCCUCUGAAGGAAGUCCUUGGCAGAGUCGAAGAAGAAGGAAACUUGGAGAGGAUGGCGUGCAGGUUUGCACACAUCCAAGGAGGAGGUUGGGGGGGGGCGAAUCCUACCCCCAUCGAUUUCGCUGCGAGGAUGCACGCGGCAGAGCCGAGACAGAAGAUUCACGAGUAUCCGGAAUGCGGCAAAAGCUACGCUAACCAGCGUAUUAAUUUUAAGCGUUAA